AGAGAGAGCUGAGCUCCCAAGCCCAGCCCGGGGGUGGGGAGAGCGAAAGUUCCACCGCUGUUCGCGCUGCUGCUCGCGCACAAUAGAGGCGCAAAAGUUGCCGAUCGGAACCGGGAGACUUACAAACACAAACAAACAGCCCGCAAAAAGUGAAAGUGGGCGCCGGCCGCGUCCUUUGAUCCUCCCCCGCCCGCGAAGAUUCGAUAGCAGCGGCGGCGGCGGCAGCAGCGCCGACCUAACCCCGGGGUGUUCCCUUCGCAAGUGAGUGGCUCGGCACGCCCGGCGGUUGGCUGCUUCCUGCCCAAGCCCUCUCCGGAUUGGUGGCGGCCGUCUCGCGCGCGCGCCCCCUCGCCCCCAGGAGGUGCCUGCGGCGGCAGCGGCGGCGGCAGCGUUGCACCCAGCGGCUGCCCCCUUUCGGCCAGGGCAGAUGCUUUAAGCGGCGGCCGCCGGCAGCGAGGGGCCUCCGAAGGCGCGCGCCACCAUGUCCAUGCUGCCCACCUUUGGCUUCACCCAGGAGCAAGUGGCGUGCGUGUGCGAAGUGCUCCAGCAAGGGGGCAACAUCGAGAGGCUGGGUCGCUUCCUGUGGUCGCUGCCGGCGUGCGAGCACCUCCACAAGAACGAGAGCGUCCUGAAGGCCAAGGCGGUGGUGGCUUUCCACCGGGGCAACUUCCGCGAGCUCUACAAGAUCCUGGAGAGCCACCAGUUCUCGGCGCACAACCAUCCCAAGCUGCAGCAGCUGUGGCUCAAGGCGCACUACAUCGAGGCCGAGAAGCUGCGGGGGCGACCCCUAGGGGCCGUCGGCAAGUACCGGGUCCGCCGCAAGUUCCCCUUGCCCCGCUCCAUCUGGGACGGCGAGGAGACCAGCUACUGCUUCAAGGAGAAGAGCCGCAGCGUCCUGCGGGAAUGGUACGCCCACAACCCUUACCCGUCGCCCCGGGAGAAGAGGGAGCUGGCCGAGGCCACCGGGCUCACCACCACCCAAGUCAGCAACUGGUUCAAAAACCGGAGGCAGCGGGACCGGGCGGCGGAGGCCAAGGAAAGGUACGAGGAAAACAACGAAAAUUCCAGCUCCAACGGCCACAACCCACUUUCCUCCUCCCUGAACGGCAAUAAGGCGGUUUUGGGCAGUUCGGAAGACGAGAAAACGCCCUCAGGGACCCCGGAUCAUUCGUCGUCCAGCCCCGCCUUACUGCUCAAUUCGAACGCAGGUUUACAGCCGCUCCAUGGCUUGGGCCACCCCCAGGGUCCUAGCGCCAUUCCUGUACCCAGCGCGGACCCUCUGCACCACCACAGUUUGCAGGACUCCAUCCUUAACUCCAUGUCCUCCAACUUGGUCGACCUUGGCUCUUAAAAGGAAUCGGAACACAAACCCUUUCCUGGCAUCCAUUGUUCCCUGAACCCAAGCUUCCCACUCAGUUUUCUUCUUUUUAUCCUUUUUUUUUUAAACAACUUAUACUUAUUAUCAGGAAAAAUUGAAAAGGAUGGCAAAGUCCUUCAUGGAUCCGUUGUCUCGCUUGGGAUGGCUUGUCGGCUGGCUUUGGACUUGCGUGGAAGGUACUGUGUAAACGUUAGACAUUGCGCAACGCUAAAGUCGUCAGGAAAGUGGACGAAGUCUUAACGAGGGUUUGGCCAAACUGGUGCAGAGAGGUGGACAUUCUUCCUUAGCAUUUCUUAAAUGAGAUGAGGGAAGAUUAGUGCAGGAGCCAGGGCAGGGGUGUAGCUAUAAUUGAGCAAAAGGGUUCAAAGAACCGCCCCCGCCAGCUUCACCCCUUCCCAUUUUCUUCAUUAUCUGCCUCACUCUGAGGGGCCACCAGAACAUCUCCCCUAGCUACGCCCCUGAGCCAGGGGUGUAGAUCCCCCCAUAAGCAUUUGAGGUUUUCCCUCAUUUCAUUGAAUUCCCUUCCAGCAAACCGAACCACCCAUCUCUUCAGUGCCCAACACAUAUUUUCUCCCCUCCAAAAUGUGAGAAGUUGCUCCUCAAGCUUCCUCUCUGUCUGCACUCCUGGAUGGAGCUAAGUGGGAAGGGCGAGGGUGGUAGCAUCGGCAUUCUCACUUCCGUCUCUUGGUACUUGAUCCGAUUCCACCCUAGAGUUGAUCAGUUCUCAACCUGCCCCUCUAAUGGUGCAACGGAUCAGCAAGUGGCGUGCCUUUCAUGCCAAGUCUGGAGCAAACUCUUGGUCACCUGCUGGUUUCUGCAUCUUCUCAAGGCUCUAUGAAAGGUGUAGCCUGAAUGAGCUGAAAAGGUGUAGUCCAGGGGUUCUCAAACGUGGGCCCCCAGAUGUUGUUAGAUUACAACUCCCACCAUUCCCAGCCACAAUGGCCAUGUUGGCUGGGGAUGAUGGGAGUUGUAGCCCAACAAUAUUGUGGCUGGGAAUCAGGCCCAUGGCCAGCCUAAAGGGUUUAGGGGAAUUGCUAAAAAAAGUUGGGGUGCCAGGUUUUACCUCUCCAGUUAUUCUCCAUUACAGCACAAUAUAACAGUUUAAAAGAGAAAGUGUGUAUUAAAAAAAACUGGGCAGGGGAGAGAAAAUUUCUGGAGAUCUGGGCCCAUAACUCUGUUAUGGGACUUAUAGAGCAACAACAUCUGGGCACCCACUUUUGAGAACUCUGGGUGCAGUCUGAGAGAUGCUACUUGAAAAUUUGACCGGGGGGCAUCCAAACUGGGUUACGAUUGUGACUUUUUGCUUGGCAGUAUGUCCCCUACAGAAGGAGUGGUUUGCUUCGCUCUUUUUGUGGGGGGAGGGAAUCAGAGUGAUCCUUUGCCAUCUAUUUUAUCCCAGGGCCUCUCUACAGACUGCAACAGGAUAGUAGGUUGUGAAUGGUGGUCAAAAAUCACAUUGCAUUAUGGGAGGGGCUGCUGUUCCAAGGGAAGUCUUGCCUUUCUUUUUGAAGCAGAUUAAAAGAGCAGCUUGCAUCUAGAAAUGGCCCACUCCCCUUGUAUUCUACUUUAUAGCUUAUGCUAUGCAAAAAAAAAAAAAAGUAAAAAUACAACAACCCUCCAACCGGGCUGCCUUGUCCACGUGGUGCUCCCCCUCCCUUCUCUGGGUGGGUUGAACAAGAAAGGUGCGAUCCACAAAUCGCCUAAGCCAGAGAACUUCCCUUCAACCGAUUCAGUGACUCCACAUUUGGACUUGAAGCUGGAAGAGCUCAUCACCUCAGGGGGGGUGCUCUUCAACCUCAGUUCCCUCAUCUGUAGAAUGGGAGCAAAGGGUGAACUACCUCACAGGGCUGUUUGUGAGGAUAAAGACUGUACAGCGUUUUGCACAUUUAACAUUGAGAUAAGCCUAUAUCACUCAUUAUUAUUAUUCAUAUUAAGAAUAACUUUCCCCCUCCUUGAAGUCUUUUGGGGUCACCCUGGGUCCUCUGCUUAAUCGUCCAGGCUUAAGUGGCUUCUGGAUCACAGCCUUGGACCCUGAUUCUGGCCCACAUGGGGUCCAUGACACCUACCCAAAUCAAACAGGGCCAGGAGCAGGCCUUAUAUCUAUAUCUAUCCUAUCUAUCUAUAUAUAUCAUAAUCCAUUGCUGCUCAUCGAAACCCAGGACAAUAUCAAGCGCCAGCAAGCCCCGCCCCUCGACUAAUGUGUAUUGUUUAUAUUAUGUGAAUACAGUAU